GUUUCUUUUUUUUAUUGUUUUCCUGAGAACAUUUUCUGCUUUUUCGGACAGCAGGGAUUUCUGGAUUGGAACAAAAAUGGACAGUUAAGAAAAGUAUUGAGCGCCUGCAAGUAAAGAGAAAACAGUAUGACACUAAAUACGAGCUUUCUCAGAAACGUUUUUCUGUACAAGUGUCUGUUUGCAUUAACUUUUUGGAACCAUGUCAGCCUGUCUGUGGAAGAUGAACUCUUUACAUCUGUUUCUAACAAUUUUCCAGAAGAUGUUUCUAACCAAAAAAUCGUGAGCCUGCCACUCUUGUAUACAAAGAGUCAUCAGUCCGAAACUGAUGGUGAUUGGGUUGUCGUACAAAAUACUACAGAAAGCCUGUCAUUGUCAGAAAUCAAAGAAAAAAAGGUAAAAAAGUUGAUAGCCUUAUUAUCUAAUUUCAGACAAGGAUCCAAGUUACAAAAUCUGACACUGACAAAUCUGUCAGUGAACUGGAAUGAUCUCAUGGAAAUGUUUCAGACUGUAUGGCACUCAUCCGUUGAAUACUUCAAUAUUAACAAUGUAACAACGCUCUCAGACAUUGAACAUUAUAACUUUGACUAUUCAGGUACUUCCAUGAAAGCAUUGACACUGAAGAAAAUUGUAAUCAAAGACAUGUACUUUUCACAGGAUGACCUAUACAAAAUAUUUGCAGACAUGAAUAUUGCAGACAUGACAAUAGCUGAUUCAGAGAUGAUUCAUAUGCUUUGUCCUUCAUCUAAGAGUCCCUUUAGAUACCUAAAUUUUUUAAAGAAUGAUUUAACAGAUUUUCUUUUUCAAAAAUGUGACAACCUAGCUCAGCUGGAGACAUUAAUCUUGCAGAAGAAUAAAUUUGAGAGCCUUCGCAAAGUAAGCUUCAUGACGAGCCGUAUGAAAUCCCUGACGUACCUGGACAUGAGCAACAACCUGCUGCGCCACGAUGGAGCUGGCGUGCAGUGCCAGUGGGCCGAGUCUCUGGCAGAGCUGGACCUGUCCUCCAAUCAGUUGGUGGAUGCUGUGUUUGAGUGCUUGCCGGCCAACGUCCAAAAACUCAGCCUACGAAACAAUCACAUCAGCAAUGUCCCCAGCGGGGUGGCGGAGCUGAAAUCCUUGGAGGAGCUGAACCUGGCAUCGAACAGGCUGGCCGACCUGCCGGGCUGCGGCGGCUUCGCGUCCCUGCAGUUCCUGAACGUGGAGAUGAAUUCGAUCCUGACCCCGUCUGCUGACUUCUUCCAGAGCUGCCCGAGGGUCAGGGAGCUGCAGGCCGGGCACAACCCGUUCCAGUGCUCCUGUGAGCUGCAGGCCUUUAUCCAGCUGGAGAGGCGCUCCGGGGGAAAGCUGUUUGGCUGGCCGGCGGCCUACGUGUGCGAGUACCCAGAGGGCUUGCGAGGGACGGAGCUCAAGGACUUCCACCUGAGCCCGCUGGCUUGCAACACGACGCUGCUGCUGGUGACAGCUCUGCUGCUGACGCUGCUGCUGGUGGCUGCGGUGGCCUCCCUGUGCAUCUACCUGGAUGUGCCGUGGUACGUGCGGAUGACGUGGCAGUGGACGCAGACGAAGCGCAGAGCUUGGCACAACCCCCCCGCAGAUCAGGAGGCCAUUCUGCAGUUCCACGCGUUCAUUUCCUACAGCGAGCGCGAUUCGCUGUGGGUGAAGAACGAGCUGAUCCCGAACCUGGAGAGGGGGGAGGGCAGCGUGCAGCUGUGCCAGCACGAGAGAAACUUUAUCCCCGGCAAGAGCAUUGUGGAGAACAUCAUUAACUGCAUUGAGAAGAGCUACAGGUCCAUCUUUGUGUUGUCUCCCAACUUUGUGCAGAGUGAGUGGUGCCACUAUGAGCUGUACUUUGCCCAUCACAAGUUGUUCAGUGAGAAUUCCAACAGCUUAAUCCUCAUUUUGCUGGAGCCCAUCCCUCCGUACCUUAUCCCUGCCAGGUAUCACAAGCUGAAAGCUCUCAUGGCAAAGCGCACCUACAUGGAGUGGCCGAAGGAGAGGAGCAAGCGCGCCCUAUUCUGGGCCAACCUCAGGGCAGCCAUUAGCAUUAACCUGCCAAAAGCUGAUGAAAACUUAUAUGAGGAAACAGAUUAAGCAUCUUUCUAAUGGAGUUUCAUCUGUUGUUUCUUAGUGAAAUAAUAAAUACGAUUUCCAUUCAUUGU